GUCGUGCGGUGCACAGUCACUUCUUUCUAGGAGGCAGAGAGCAAUGCUCAGUCUACUGACAGGAGAGCCAGCAGACCGACAAGAAGUCAGGACAUAUUCUCAUAGCAGAAACAGACGGUAACACCAGCAGUGGGUUUUCUGAAGCCCACUUUUGCUCUCCUGGGUGUGAUUGCUCCUGAAUGCACAUUCAAACUCUUCUACUGCUGGCACUGAAGACCUGCAGAUGCACUCAAACACAAGUUUACUAUUCAACCCUGCCUCUGUCUCAAGACUCCCACAAAAGCUGUACCUGCGGGAAGAGGAUACACAUGUUUUAUUGACAGAGCUACAGGUGGUUUGAGUUUGAGCUGUUGGGUUUUUUUCCUGUGUGGAGAGCUGAGGCGUCUUUAGAGCCAGUAUGUUGCCUAUUGUUGUGGCAUGUUUGGUAUUCAUCCUGUUGGGCUUGAGUCAUGCUCAGGUUGCCACACAGACUCAGGGGGAGAGCCAGAGUCGUGGCCAGGGGCAGGAUAGCUCUGCCAACCCUUGGAGGCAGGUGAUUCAGUGGGAGAACAAUGGACGACUGUUUAGCCUGCUGAACAGUGGAGCCGAAUAUGUACCUGCAGGGGCCCAGGAAAGAGGUCCCAGGGUGGUUGUUGCAGACACUCAGCCACGCUCUUCACGUAGACCUCAGGGAGGCAAUGUCCGCCGACAAGCUCCAUCAAGAGGAUCUUCUGAGACCAUCCGUGGCCAGGCAAGGCAUCCAUUUGGCUUUGGGCAAGUUCCUGAUAACUGGAGACAAACUGCAGGCAGCACAGGGGGUGGCCAGUUCCAAGGUUCCACUGGCACUCGCUUCAGGCCAUCCACAGGCUCUUCAUCGUCAUCAUCAUCAUCAACCUUUUCUUCAUCUUCUUAUAAUGUACCAUCCUACCCACAGAACCCGUUUCCUCAACAACCUCCUUUCCAACAAGUACCUUAUGACCCUAGUUUUGUAGAAGCGCCAGUCAGGAGCUACGAGCCACCUUUUCAGCCCGUUGCCGGUGGUGGAUAUGCCGGUGGUGGAUAUGCCGGUGGAGGAUAUGGCGGGGGAGGAUAUGUCGGUGGAGCGUAUGGUGCUGGAGGGUAUGGUCCUGGUCCCGGGUACACUGGAGGAGGGUAUGCUGGUGGUCAGCCGCCAGUGCUCCCAGGCUCUCCUUCUGAUUUUUCUGACGAUGGCUACCGCUACUACCAGCCUUAUGGUUAUGGGCCAAAUCCUUUGGCUCCCGUGGCUCCUGUGGCUCCUGUGGCUCCUGUGGUGCCUGCACGUGCAGCCCAACCACCGUUUGCAGAUGGUCUGGACCACAGAUACACCCACAGUAUCUUCAAUGGGGAGACUGGUCAGGCUGUCCCUGCCGUUCCUGCUGUCCCUGUCCCUGAAAUCAACCAGGCAGUUCCUGUGAUAGUGGACAGGACAGGAGCAGCUGGUCAACCACAAAUCAGAAGCCCUCAGUAUGAGCAGUUUCCUCCAUUUGGAAGACCCCAGCCUCCUGUCCCACAGCCCAUUCCCCGAGCCAGAAGUUCUCCCAACUCUGGCAUCGAGAACCCCAACGUAAAUGUCGGGAGUGUGUACCGGCCAGAACAGAGAGGUUUGCCUGACCUUGUUCCCGAUCCAAACUAUGUCCAGGCCUCCACAUAUAUCCAGAGAGCCCACAUGUAUUCUCUCCGCUGUGCUGCUGAAGAAAAAUGUCUCUCAAGCUCCGCCUAUGAACCUGAGACCACCGACUAUGAUGUAAGGGUCCUGCUGCGAUUCCCACAGAGGGUGAAGAACAAGGGGACUGCCGACUUCAUGCCUAACAGGCCACGUCAUACCUGGGAGUGGCAUAGCUGUCAUCAGCACUACCACAGUAUGGAUGAGUUCAGCCACUAUGAUCUACUGGAGGUCAGCACAGGACGUAAAGUGGCGGAGGGACACAAGGCUAGUUUCUGUCUGGAGGACACCACUUGUGACUUCGGUCACCUGAAGCGCUAUGCCUGCACCUCUCACACUCAGGGUCUGAGCCCGGGCUGCUACGAUACAUACAAUGCUGAUAUCGACUGCCAGUGGAUCGAUAUCACAGACAUCCAGGCUGGAAACUACAUACUAAAGCUCACAGUUAAUCCAAAGUUUUUGGUGCUGGAAUCGACUUCACCAACAAUGUGGUCAGGUGUAAUAUACACUACACAGGACGGUUUGUCAAAACAUCCAACUGCAAGAUAGCACAGUCUUGAUCGGGCACUGGAAGUCUGCCACACUAGAGGGACCCUGAUUGCUAUUCCAUUGUGAAUGGGAUCCAUGUUUUGUUGGUUCAUUGUUGAUGUUGUUUGUCUUACUAUUUUGUGCUGUCUCAUGGCCCCUGAAAAACAUGGCUCACCUGGCACUGAAAAGCAUGUGGGAGUUUAAGGUAGACAUGCACACACACAGAUUAUUGGAUAAUGCUAAUUGCACGUUGAUAUCCCACCAUAACAGUUUAAAUCCCUGCAAUAUAGGAUAAAAUAUUUCCUGUACUUGUUGUUGUUGUGUGGUUUGGUUAUAAUCAGACACAUCAUUGACUUUGAAGGCAGGUGUUUCUACAAACAAACAUCUAUGCCCAUGAUGGCACAGUGUCUCUGUUUGAAUUAUAAAUAAAGCGUCAAACAGUGCCAGUGAUGAAAUGAGUGGUCCCAGACGAGUCAGGGUUCAGCCGUGUUCCAACAAAUAAAAUUACGGGACAAUGUCUUCCUGGGUGCAUUCACCCAUGGUGUGCGGGGACAGAAAGAGAUGCCCACUGACUCAGAAGAACUAUAAUGUGUUAGUUUCAGUUUUUUUCUUCACUGCCUCCGUGGGUCAGCCUGGGAUACUGUGAUUCCCUCGGCACAUUCUGUUUAAUGUUGUGUUGACAGCAAGAGGAAGACAGCAGGUCAUAUUUGCAUUUGUCAACUCCAUCAAAUUUUAACUCAACAUAAAAACAGGCUGUCAGUACAGGCCGCUGUUCUCCUCUAAACCCAUGCAUAUUUGUGUCGUGUCCCCAUUCGUUCUUUCUUAUUUCAGUAAAACAGGAACAAGAAACUCAACUGGCAGAAAAGGGUGCUUUCCAGAAAACUAGACUCGCAGUAUGUACGCUUUAUAUUCACACUGUCUUGGGGUCUCUUCUUCUACUACCAACACUGGUCAGAUGGCUCUACCUUUUGAAGAAUGUGUAUACAAAUUUUCCACUGAUGCAUGACUUCAAUGAUGGGGAUUAUUUUGUUGUUGUAUCCAGUUUGACCUGUUACUGUUAUUUGUAAAAGUAAAUAAACGUAUAUAUUUUUUUCUUGAUAGAGAUAUUCAAAAGCACUACUGCUACAUACUCAGUAUUAUAAUGCAGAGAAAGCUGUCUCCACCUACCUCUCCAAUUGAGUGAGCUCUUUUUAGUUAAUUGUUAACAUGGUUCACUUUGUCCUCUUGACACUGUUGCAGCACAAUAUCUUCUAAAACCCACAAGUAUGUUGACUAUAUCAAAGAUCACACUAGGCAGGAUGCAGACAAUCACUAAGAGUAAUCUUACAAGAAUUACAGUUAGAAUUCUUAAGAUUUCAAAGCUGGUUUUGUUGUGCUGUUUUAGUACUAAAUCAAACACAUGGUGCAGCUUCUUUGCAGCAGAAGGGGCAACCAGCUUAUCUGUUUACAGUGGAACCAAACAAACUCAAGUUUUAAUAAAGUCAGUCAAUAAUUGACCUUUCCUCAUGAUGUCGGGAUCAACCGUGAUGUGGUUUCAUAGUUUGCGAGGGGCUAGAAGUUCUCCUCCAGCAGCAGGGCACAGUAUCAGGAGUUAAAUCCUGAGUGAGAACAUAAAGUUGUGUAACUUUUCAUCAACAGCUCACUGUGAAUGGGCCUUUAUGUUCUAUUAUUUCUUAUAUUUUAAAUUGAUCCACAUCCUGGUGCUGGUUUACAACAAAAGUUGUUCUCAUUCAUGAUUUACUUUGUAUUAAUACAGCAAUAAUAGAAUUUAAUGAGGCUAAACAGAUAAAAUGACAAACCAUAUUGCUGGAUCACUUGUAUGCACUAACAAUAUAAACGACUUGACGUAUUAAAAUACAUUGAAUUGCUAUUGCGGAUAAUUGCUGACCCUAAAUAGUAUCAAAAAGGUGUUUAAUAACAUAAAAAUCUUAAGGAUUUACAUUUUAAAUCCUUUAACGUUUAAUCACUUUUUAAAGCAAAGUAUUUUCAGUUUACUAUAGGUCUUUGGUAAGCAAUACGUUGCCCCCUCUUUCUUUACCGGAGCUAAAAGAGCGUCAUUAUUUGAUCUGCAUUUUUCGACAUGGGAGGGUAAAUGAUCAUACUGUGCUCUCACUGACAGGAUGCAACAACAUGUGACUCUGACAUUGACGUGUGGAACAACAGCACCAGAGUAUGCAACACAUAUACAGCGUCUCUGACAUGUUGUGAUGAUAUUUGUGAUUCUGUAAUGAACACCUGUCAAAGUUGUCAUAUACAAUAAAUACAUUUACACAUCC